AUGGAUAAGCUUAUUCUUGAGUUACCUUUGGGGCAGAGGUUUGGAAAUCAGCAAGGUAGUAGGCCUUACAGUGGAAACAGCCAGCGCAGUAACUUUCAGGGCAACUCUUCUGGUUUCACACCCAAACCUGAAUAUCAGAAGCAGCAACAAAACAGUGGAUUCACAAGGACUUAUGGCAACAACUCAUAUCAGUCUCCACCUCCUAAGUCAGCUGAAACUAGUAAGAUGGAAGCUAUGCUUGAGCAGCUUUUGCAAGGCCAAGAGCAGAUGACAGUGACUUUCAAUGGGAAGCUGGAUAAUGUCUACACUGAUCUUAAUGGGAAGCAAGAAGGUUAUCUCCCUUCAAGAACUGAAUCAAAUCCUAAACAUUCUUGCAAUGCAGUGACCUUGAGAAGUGGCAAACAACUCCAUCCUAUACCCCAGAAGAGCCAAACUGAUGAUCUACAGGAGUUGAUUGAUAUAGACGACGAAGAGGAUGUUUCUGCCGAGCCAGUAUCGACCGACACACAUGGGCAUCGGUCGGCACCCAAACCAUGCAAAGUUUCGGACAAAAUCCCAGAACAGGGCAUCGAUAGACACCACUCAGUUGAGACAUAUGAGCCAGAAUCUGAUCAAGGAAAUCAUGAGGAAGAAGAGGUGAACUAUGUCUAUGGGAAUCAGGGGCAGAGGUUUGGAAAUCAGCAAGGUAGUAGGCCUUACAGUGGAAACAGCCAGCGCAGUAACUUUCUGGGGAACUCUUCUGGUUUCACACCCAAACCUGAAUAUCAGAAGCAGCAACAAAACAGUGGAUUCACAAGGACUUAUGGGAACAAUUCAUUUCAAUCUCCACCUCCUAAGUCAGCUGAAACUAGUAAGAUGGAAGCUAUGCUUGAGCAGCUUUUGCAAGGAAUCUCUCCAGACUUGAGUUUGCAUAGGAUUCAUCUUGAGGAAGGAGCUAAGACAUCUAUUGAGCAUCAGAGGAGGCUGAAUCCGAAUCUGCAAGAUGUUGUCAAGAAGGAGAUCAUGAAGCUGCUGAAUGCUGGGAUCAUCUAUCCAAUAUCCGACAGCAAUUGGGUUAGUCUGGUACAUGUUGUUCCAAAGAAGGGUGGAGUCACAGUGGUGAAGAAUGACAAGAAUGAGCUGAUCCCUACAAGGACAAUUACUGGUCAUCGGAUGUGCAUAGACUACAGGAAGCUGAAUGCUGCAACAAGGAAAGAUCACUUCCCACUUCCUUUCAUUGACCAGAUGUUGGAGAGGUUAGCUAAUCAUCCAUACUACUGCUUUUUGGAUGGUUACUCAGGCUUUUUCCAGAUUCCUAUUCAUCCUGAUGACCAAGAGAAGACCACUUUCACUUGUCCCUAUGGUACCUUCGCUUACCGCAGAAUGCCUUUUGGUCUCUGUAAUGCUCCUGCAACAUUUCAGAGAUGCAUGAUGUCAAUCUUCACUGAUAUGAUUGAGGAUUAUAUGGAGGUGUUCAUGGAUGAUUUCUCAGUUUAUGGGUCUUCAUUCAAAAGCUGUUUGGAUAAUCUCUGUAAGGUGCUAGCAAGGUGUGAAGAGAAGCAUUUGGUACUUAACUGGGAAAAGUGUCAUUUUAUGGUUAGAGAUGGCAUAGUGCUUGGCCACAGGGUUUCAGAAGCUGGAAUAGAAGUUGACCGCGCUAAGAUAGAGGUGAUGACAAGUCUUCAACUACCAGAGAAUGUGAAGGCAGUGAGGAGCUUUCUUGGACAUGCAGGGUUCUAUAGGCGUUUUAUCAAAGAUUUCAGCAAGAUAGCAAGACCACUUUCUGCUCUGUUGUGCAAAGAUGUCAAGUUUGAAUUCACUGAUGAAUGUCGCAUAGCCUUUGAGAGAAUUAAGCAGGAGCUUGUGAGUGCACCUAUUGUUCAACCACCAGAUUGGGAUCUUCCAUUUGAAGUGAUGUGUGAUGCUAGUGAUUUUGCAGUGGGAGCAGUGCUGGGACAAAGAAAAGAUAAGAAGCUUCAUGCAAUCUACUAUGCAAGCAGGACACUUGAUGAGGCACAAAUAAAUUAUGCAACAACAAAGAAGGAGUUGUUGGCUGUGGUGUUUGCUUUUGAGAAGUUUCGAUCUUAUCUGUUUGGUUCAAAAGUCAUUGUUCAUACUGAUCAUGCUGCAUUAAGGUACUUGAUGCAGAAGAAGGAUGCUAAGCCUAGACUUUUGAGAUGGAUUCUUCUCCUACAGGAGUUUGACAUUGAAGUGAGAGAUAAGAAGGGAAUAGAGAAUGGUGUUGCUGAUCACUUGUCCAGGAUUAGGAUUGAUGAUGAUGUCCCAAUUCGUGAUUGUCUACCUGAGGAGCAUGUUUAUUUUGUUGAUACUGGCUCCAAUCAACCUUGGUAUGCUGAUAUUGCUAAUUAUCUUGCUGCAGAGGUAGAACCUGACCAAUUUACAGGCUAUCAUAAGAAGAGGUUCUUGAGAGAGCUAAGGAGAUAUUAUUGGGAUGAGCCUUAUCUGUAUAAGCAUUGCAGUGAUGGUGUCUACAGAAGAUGUCUAGCUGAGACAGAAGUUCCUGAUGUUCUAUUUCACUUCCAUGGAUCAGAUUAUGCUGGACAUUUUGCUACCUUCAAGACAGUGUCUAAGGUUCUACAAGCUGGGUUUUGGUGGCCAACAAUGUUCAAGGAUGCUAAUGAGUUUGUCUCUAGAUGUGAUGCUUGUCAGCGGAAAGAGAAAACAGUGGGUGUUACAAGAAAAGAUUGGGCUAUGAAGCUUGAUGAUGCACUUUGGGCAUAUAGAACUGCUUAUAAAACACCACUUGGCACUACUCCUUUCCAUCUGCUUUAUGGGAAAGCUUGUCAUCUACCAGUGGAGUUAGAGCACAAAGCAGCCUGGGCAGUUAAGUUGAUGAAUUUUGAUGCCAAGACAGCUUCAGAGAGAAGGUUAGUGCAGUUGAAUGAAUUGGAUGAGCUGAGGUUUCCUGCAUUUGAGAAUUCCAAGCUGUACAAGGAGAGGACCAAGGCUUAUCAUGAUAAGAAGAUCAUCUCCAGACAAUUUGAGCCAAAUGACCAGGUUCUCCUUUACAAUUCCCGCUUGAAGCUGUUUCUGGGAAAGCUGCGUUCCUGCUGGUCUGGUCCUUUUACUGUUCAAGAAGUCAGACCAUAUGGAGCUAUUGUGCUGUUGAACUCAAAAGGAGAGAAAUUCACUGUUAAUGGCCAAAGGGUGAAACACUAUUGGCAAAAGCUGAGAUACCAGACGGACACAUUGAAAAAGUUUCGAUUAUCAUUGAUCAGAGCUAGCAUCGAUCGAUGCUGCCUUGAAUGGGCAUCGGUCGAUGCUCUUAUGGACAGAGACGAGAAAACGGGCCAUCGGGUUUGA